UUCGCAGCUGCCGGCACAAAGCACCUCUCCAUAAACAAACAACCACCUUCUUCCUUAUCGAUCUCCAGGCGAAACGCUUCCUACACAAUGCCCGCCGUUAAUUCUCUGGGCAAAUAUUUUCCCGGCUUUUCGCCCGAAUCCAUCUUCACCGGCACUUAACCUUGGCGCAUGUAUAUAUAAAGAAGCACUUUCCCAGUUGACCUUUCCCGCGACAAACACUGUCUGUGUGCCGUGGCGAAAAGGCCGCUGUUUGCUCAGCACACACGGGCGUUUAUCCCGUUUAUCCCGGCCGCGUCGCUCGUCGCUCCAGACGCGCUAUGCCCCACAUCCGUCCACCGACGGCGUCCCGCAUUUAUCCCGCAUCCUCCCUGCCGCGUCGCCCGUCCGCUCUGCGCAACCGCGCCAGGAUGAUCAUGCAGGAGAAGCCGCCGCCGUCGCCGGAAGUGAAGUUCUUCCCGGACGGCAGCCAGCCGACGCUGUCCUUCCUGCGCCACCUCAAGCUGUACAUGCGCUUCAUGCAGUGCUUCGGCCUGUGCCCGUACCGCGUCGACGCCCUCCUCGACUACCAGACCGCGCAGCUGGACUGGCGGGCCGCCGCCUGGUCGCUGCUCCUCUUUAUCUCGCUCGGCCUAGUGCUGCUCCCGUGGCCGGUGGCCGGCUACGUCCUCAUCUACCGCGCCGACCUCGAGCGCCUCGAAUUCUUCGCCAUCAUCAGCUUCCUCUUCCGCACCGUCAUCUUCACUCAGGGCCCCUUAAUCCUGGCCAUCACCGUCACCAAGCUCCGCCACAUCCCGGCGGUGAUCCAGCAGAUCCAGACGGCGCUAGCCGGGACGCAGAACACCCAUUCCAGCCGCACCAUCCACCUGACCACCUACGCCGUCCUAACCUGGAACUUCACCUUCGUCCUCAGCUGUCUCCUGUCCUUCUACUUCAGCUUCCGCGAGAUCUCCCCCACCUUCAACGAAAUCGUCCAGGCCUGGCUGCAGGGCAUCCUCGGACCCUCCGCGCACAUCAUGCCCUUCGCCUGCUUCCUCAUUAACGGAUUAACUUUGGCCUUCUGCCUGUGCUGCGAGGCCUUUCCCCUGGGGAUCCUCCUGGUGUUCCUCUUAUCCACCGGCACCGGCUACGACAAAAUGAAGGAGGACCUGGCCGGCAUCCACGCCGACAGCCAGAGCCGGGAGCCCGGCCGCAACACCCAGGUGAUCGCCGCCCUGGCUGGCAUCCGCCAGCGGUACCGGCUGCUGCAGUGCUGCUUCGUGGAGAUCGACGGCAUCUUCUCGCACCUGAUCCUCAUCAGCGCCCUGCGGGAGGUGGUCGGGUUCAUUGCGCUGCUGGGGGCGGCGCUGCAGGUGGAGCGGCCGCGGGAGUCCUGGGAGGAGUCGCACGAUACCGUCUCCGUGGUCGACCGGACGUCAAGGACGCUUAUCUUCGCGUUGGGCGGACUGGGACUGGCCAAUUUCGUCAUCAAGGUGUGCGCCACGGUGUCCAUCCACGAAAAGGUACAAUCUGUGCGUGACGACAUGAAGCGUAUCGCGGCCGACACGGACAUGGAGGACGUGCGUAGUGAGUGCGAAGUGUUUAUUAGCCGGUGCGACUACAAGGACGGCUCGGUGUCGGCGGGCGGGUUCUUCCACAUCACCAAGGAAUUUAUGUUAACGUGGGCGGAGCUGAUGAUCACGUACGCCGUGCUGAUCUACCAGACGCACGACACCAAGACGGACAUGCGCGAGCUGGCCUCCAAGUCGCAGCUGCACGAGCUGCGCGUGCAGCUGGAGAAGCAGGCCGAGCGCGUCAACCAGUGCACGCUGGACCAGGCCACGCUCUCGCAGCUCGUCGCGCUCCUCCGCAGCGCCCUCCUCGACCCCGGCCUCAACCUGUCGGCGCCUUCCCUCGACACCCUCCAGCCGGCAGACCUGCACGACGUCGUCGUGGACGCCGGUGACUAAUCUGACACCAGCAACGUCCCUUGGCGUUGUGUCAUAGUCGACGCUGGUGGCGCCAUCCCACUGAAUUAUGGCAGGAACAGUAUUAAUUUUAAUUAACCGGUUUUAUGCCGAAUUAUGUCAUAUAAAUCGCUCUUAAUUACAACUGAAUAAAGAAUCGCGCUAUAUGACAGUGACCUUUAUGGAGGUUUUGUAUAUAAAAAUGAAUA